UCCUUCAGGUCUGUGGAGGAUUCUCAGAUCGACUGUUUGACUCGUAGAACGGAUUCAGUGGAACGUUGAGUGGAACGCUGCUUUGUUCCUCAUUCAUUCAUCUCUUCAUGGAUUCAUCGGUCGGAUGUUUGAAUCCUCAGAGGAGUGAGACGUCUCUGCUGUCGGUCUGCAGGAUCUCUCUCCUCACAGCUGUGCUGCUGAUGUCAUCGUGCUGUGUUCAGGGUCUGCAUGUGGAGGUGUUUCCCAGAAGGCCUCUGUUCAGGUUGGGGGAGCGUCAGCAGCUGGUGUGUCGGGUCCAGGACUGUCCCACAAUGCCGAGCGUUUCCUGGUCUGUGCUGGGGGACCGACCUCUGGCGGCCUCCGUCAGCACCAACAGGACCUGGUCUGUGGUGACCUUUGACCCUGUGAUGAUUGAGCAUGAAGGACCGCUGCUGUGUCGGGUCAGCUGUGGAGGAGAGAACAAGCAGAUCAAGACCAGCGUGCAGGUUUACUCCUUCCCAUCAGCCCCUCGGAUCAGGGGCCAGGACCACCUGAGUCUGGGGCUGGAAUCCAUCCUCACCUGCGAGGUGUCAGAUCUUUACCCCGCUGAGCUGCUGACCCUCAACUGGCUCAGAGGUGACGCCGUCCUGCGGAGCAUUAUGGGAGAUCCUGGAUCUGGCUCAGUCCGGUCUGAAUACAGAUUCACCCCUCUAGAACUGGACUCGGGAGGAAACAUCAGCUGCAGAGCCACGAUGGACCUGCAGGACCUUCCAGCUGAGAACAGAACCAAAGUGACCACCGUCCCCCUAAACCUGCUCUAUGCUCCUGUUGUCACGGCGAUAUCAGACUCUGUGUUGGUGAUGGCCGGCUCUUCGCUCACUCUCAUCUGCACAGCAGAGGGAAACCCCGAGCCGACGAUCAGCUGGAGCUUCAGGUCGGUAGACGGCCGGUCUGAGAGGCGGCACGUUGGCCGACAGCUGGGCCUCCCAGAGGUGAGUCUGUCUGAGGCCGGACGGUACGACUGUGAGGCCCGGAACUCUGAGGGGAACCAGACGGCAGCGGUGGAGGUCAAAAUCCAUGCUCCGCCCACCAACACCUCCCUCUCAGUGAGUCCAGGUGAGGAGGUGCUGGAGGGUCAGCAGGUGACGUUGACCUGCCGCUCAGACGGAGCUCCGCCCACCACGCUGGUGCUGAGGAGGGAGGGGGCGGAGCUCCAGAGGACUGACCCCGCCUCCUCCUCGCUCUCCUUCAGCCUCUCCUCCGCCCAGCUGGAAGACUCCGCCAAAUACCAGUGUGAAGCCUCCAACCAGCACGGGUCCCAGCUGGUCACCAGCUCCGUCACCGUCUCAGCUCAUCCUCUGCAGGUGGAGGUGAGUCCUGCGGUCUCAGCAGCAGAGACGGGUUCAGGUCUGGUCCUGACCUGCAGAGCCGCCGGAUGUCUCCACCCCCCCACCUUCACCUGGACGACGGAUCAGGACCGGAUCCUCCUCAGGGGGGUGGAUCAGGACCGGAUCCUCCUCAGGGAGGCGGAGCAGGACCGGAUCCUCCUCAGGGGGGCGGAGCAGGACGGUCUGUCCGUGCUUCACCUGCAGGACCUGGACCUCCAGGAUGAGGGAGGAUACAGGUGUGAGGCCGAGUGUGACUCCGUCAUCAGGACCUCCACCGUCCAGGUCCAGGUCUACUCAUUCCCGUCUGGUCCAGUUCUGGAGGAUCCUGGUCCAGUCCUGCUGGGUCAGGAGGCGGUCUUCCACUGUAACGUGAGCAGCGUCUUCUCGGCCAAUCAGAUGAGGAUCCUGUGGCUGACGGAGAACACAACGCUGAUGUCUGAGUUGUUCGGGUUCUCCGGUUCCCUACAGAACGUCUCGUCCCUCCUUCGGCUGGCGGUCCAGGAGGACCAGCGGACUCUGACCUGCAGGGCGGAGCUGCUGAUGGAAAACGGAGACGUGAGGAGGUCCAGGAGGACCAGCGUCCCCCUUCAGGUCCACUAUCCUCCCAGGAGAACCUCCCUCUCAGUGAGUCCAGGUGAGGAGGUGCUGGAGGGUCAGCAGGUGACGUUGACCUGCCGCUCAGACGGAGCUCCGCCCACCACGCUGGUGCUGAGGAGGGAGGGGGCGGAGCUCCAGAGGACUGACCCCGCCUCCUCCUCGCUCUCCUUUAGCCUCUCCUCCGCCCAGCUGGAAGACUCCGCCAAAUACCAGUGUGAAGCCUCCAACCAGCACGGGUCCCAGCUGGUCACCAGCUCCGUCACCGUCUCAGCUCCUCCCAGAAACACCACAGUCCUCGUCCUGCCGUCUACGGUGGUCCAGGAGGGACAGAAUGUCACCAUCUGCUGCCAGACCGUGAGCUUCCCGCUGUCCGCCGUGGUCCUGAGGAAACUGACCAAUGGGAGGGAGCUCUAUUCAACCAAUGGCACCUUCUUAUUGGUCAACGUCACGGCCAGAGACUCGGGGCUGUACCAGGUCAACGUGACCAACGACCUCGGGUUCCAGGUCAAAAACUUCAGCAUCAGUGUCAGAGAGAGGAGCACCAGUCCUCCCAGUCUCACCACUGUCCUCAUCCCAGUUGUCUGCAUUGCCGCUGGGCUAGCAGCUGCUGCUCUGCUCCUCGACUACCUGAGGAGAUCCAGGAAGAAAGGAUUCUACCAGCUGCCCCAGUCGGCCCCUAGUUCAGCCUGAGGCUGACAAGUGUCCACCAAGUCCCAAUAUUCGGUUACCAAGUUCCAACAUGUGGCUACCAAGUUCCAACAUGUGACUACCAAGUUCCAACAUGUGGCUACCAAGUUCCAACAUGUGACUACCAAGUUCCAACAUGUGACUACCAAGUCCCACACAAGUUCCAGCUACUAAAUUGCAACAUGUGUUUUGAACAUCUUAACCUGUGGCUUGUAUUACCCACCACAUAGCUACCACUUCUAAUAUCCCAUUGUGUGGCAACUAUGUCCCAAAAUGUGGCUACCAAAUUCCAACACAUGGUUGCAUCAUUCCAGGACACUCCAACAUGUGACUACUUCCAUGGCAGAAUAUUACCAGUCGUCAACCUAUGUUUGUACCUAUCCGAUGCUUGACUACCAGUCCUCACCAUGUGACUACCAGUCCUCACCAUGUGGCUACCAGUCCUCAACAUGUGGCUACCAGUCAUCAACGUGUGACUACCAGUCCUCAACAUGAGGCUACCACUCCUCAACAUGUGGCUACCAGUCCUCAACAUGUGACUACCAGUCCUCAACAUGUGGCUACCACUCCUCAACAUGAGGCUACCACUCCUCAACAUGUGGCUACCAGUCCUCAACAUGUGACUACCAGUCCUCAACAUGUGGCUACCAGUCCUCAACAUGUGGCUACCAGUCAUCAACAUGUGGCUACCAGUCCUCAACAUGUGGCUACCAGUCCUCAACAUGUGACUACCAGUCCUCAACAUGUGGCUACCAGUCCUCAACAUGUGACUACCAGUCCUCAGCAUGAGGCUACCAGUCCUCAACAUGUGGCUACCAGUCCUCAACAUGUGGCUACCAGUCCUCAACAUGUGACUACCAGUCCUCAACAUGUGGCUACCAGUCCUCAACAUGUGGCUACCAGUCAUCAACAUGUGGCUACCCAACGCACUGCUACAUAAUCAUAGAUGCAUCCAAACCAGCUGAAGGCUCAUAUUUCAUAUUUCUGUUGUGUCAUUGACGUGUAAUUGACCUGUCGAUGGUGUGGAGGUUCUUCAACGAGAGUGAAUAUUACAUUAUAAUGAGUCCAAAAUAAGUCCUGCAGGAACGACCUUAAAACAUCUGGAACGUCUAAGUUACUGAGACUCAUGACAUAUUUAAAUUCAUUCCCAUCAUUCUGCUGAUCACGAAGCUAACGGCUAACGUUACGGAGGAGGCCUUGACUUGCAUUAUGAUACGUUCAGGCUCUAUACAGUAAAAAUGAGCAUUAGACAAAGGUAAAUAACAACACUAUAAUGAUGUGUUCAAGUGUAAUCUGGUAAAAUGUAGUUUUUUGGUGAUAAACAUGAAUAAAGAUGUUUGAAGGAGAUGUUUUCACAUUCAAAUAAAAUAGCAGAUAGAAAUAGAUUAUAAUACAUCAUUAAAACUAAUAUUUAAAUAAAAGGACAAUCAUUUAUUUCCUUUUCAUUUGAAUUGUGUGAUUUUAUGAAAAUAAUGAGGUAAAAGUAAAAGAUUUAUAAUUUUGACUACAGAGCAGUUUAAAUGAUUCUUUGUGACGUUGGUGUACUAAUACUGUGUAGUUUUGUUUAUCAUAGUUCUUCAUAAUGCAACAGGAAGUCAUCUUCAUUUAUCAUCAGUGUUACUGUCCCUUAAACUCUCCAGAACCAUGUGACUCCUCUGUGUUUCUAUAAAUGACCAGAAAAAGAGAGUUUCAGCCGGUUCUGCACUCUGCUGGUUCUGUAAUCAACUGGUUCUGUACUCUACUGGUCCAGUACCCUACUGGUUCUGUACUCUACUGGUCCUGUACUCUAAUGGUUCUGUUCUUUGCUGGUUCUGUUUCUGACGUGAGCUGAAUGUAGAUUUGUUUUUCACUCUGUUUUUAUUAAAGAUAUUUAUUUCUUCUCUC